AAUUAUGGGAAUCGAUGAUCUUACACACAGGCGCUCAUCACCAUCGCCGUCGCUGGUGACAACAAGGGUCAUUUCAUUAUUAUUCCCCUGAUAUACUAGCUCAUGCCCAGAGUUUUACUCGUCAAUGAUGACGGCCCUCCAGGUCCCCAAUCUCCAUACCUUUAUGGCCUUUAUCGCCAUCUCACUACAAGUCUCAGAUGGGAUGUGAAAGUAGUUGUGCCAAGCUCUCAGAAAUCAUGGAUUGGGAAAGCGUUUCACAUUAAGGAAAUCACGAAAGGAAGAUAUUACUACCCGAAGGAACCUGAUGGAAUGGGAGAGGUGUCAUCAAUUUCGCGUCCUUUAAAUGAGGGCGAAGUUGCAGAAUGGGUACUGCUGGACGGUACCCCCGCGACUUGCACCAACAUUGCGCUUCAUAACCUAUAUCCCGGAACAAUCGACUUUGUGAUCUCGGGACCAAACCUUGGCAGAAAUUCCUCUACCGCUUUGGCCAUGUCGUCUGGAACCAUUGGUGCCGCAAUGUCGUCGGCGCUAUCUCAGAUCCGUUCCGUCGCAAUUUCAUACAGCACUGUUCUCCAUCCCACCCCAAACGAACUUUUUGAACCCGCAAAUAUCCUUUCCGGGAGGAUCGUCCAGUACCUAUGGAACAACUGGGGUAAAGACAUUGGUGGGAUGCGCAACGGAGAAAUCGACAUGUAUAACGUGAAUGUUCCCAUGAUAAUGGAACUCCUUAACCCCGAGGGCAUAGAUGUCCAUUGGACGCACAUGUGGCGUAACUCAUACGGGCGACUUUUUAAAGAAGUAUCGACUCCUGACCCUACGGCCACAACGAGGGACGUGCCAAACAGCGGCCCGGACUUGGCGAGACAGUAUCUUGCACAACAAAGUGAACCUGGAGGCGAUGUAUCGAAAGAUGAACCUGCAACGCUAGUGUUCAAAUUCUCCCCUGAUAUCCAACCCCUCAUCACACCUUCACUCGAUUCCCUCCCACUUGGCUCGGAUGGUUGGGCCAUCGCUAAAGGCCACGCGAGCAUUACUCCACUACGGGCAUGUUUUGCACAUGUAGAUCAUGACCCUGCGGCAAUAGGAACAGAAUCUCCCAGGAUCUUGAAACUUUAGAGUACUCCGGUUCUUUGAUAUCACUCAUGUAACCGAUGCAAGC